AUGGCCCUCGGCUGCAUGUAUCGGAAUCUGGAUCCGGAGAAGCCCCAAAAGUUGGCAUAUCGAGAGGCAUUGCAGGAAGGGCUGCGCUACUACAACUGUGCAAAGAGUGUACUGAGGGACCUGGCGGAGUGCCGUGACGUUACAUCCCUACAGGCGCUGGUUUUCAUGAUUCUGUUUCUCCAAGCAACGUCGAAUCUCAGUGCGUGCUACGCGUUCCUCGGAAUUGCUCUGCGAUCAGCCCUGCGCAUGGGUCUUCACCGCCACAUUGAGCAUCAUAUGCUCUCUCCCAUCGAGCAGGAGACGCGCCGGAGGGUUUUCUACGUCAUCCGGCAGAUGGAUAUCUACGUUUCGACGCUUCUGGGCUUUCCAUUGCUGCUUCGCAGCGAGGACUUUGACCAGCGGUAUCCCAGCGAAAUCGACGACGCUUACAUCACGAACGAAGGCCUGCGCCCGCCUCCGAAUGGCACGCCAUCUCUUUUCCAGGCAUUUAAUGCUCACACUCGGCUGAUGGAAAUCCUGGCGAAGAUUGUCCGACAUGUGUAUCCAACGCAGGGAUUGGACCAAACGGCACCUUUGUCAGGAAAAGGCUCAAAUGCUCACAAUACAACGUAUAUCAUCAGCUAUUCUAGGAUCCGGGAGAUCGAAAACGACUUGCAUGAGUGGUAUGAAAACCUCCCGGAAACAUGGCGCCCUAGCGCGGACGGUCCUGUUGAGGUUGUUCGCGUAUCCCGUAAUAUAGUGCACAUAGGUAUCGAGAUUCGGAAACAGGGCGUUCUCAUCGGGCCGUACUGGUUCAUGCUAUAUACGGAGUUCUUUGCCGUGCUCUCACUUGUGUUCUACGCGACGGAAAACCCACAGAAGAAUGGCACAAGCGAGGUGUUAGCGGAUGCUAUCGCGGGCAGGAACAUGAUUGCGGACCUAGUCGACGCCAGUCUUGCCGCAGCGCGGGUGACAAAGGCCCUGAACAAUCCAAGCUCAGCUUCGCUUAACAAACUAGAUGCUUUGAUGUUCCCCUCGGAAGACCCGUUUGCGUACCCUAACCAGCCCAUGAUGGAACUUGGCCUCCAGCAAAAGAUUGGCCAAGAGACUGGGAUGCAAGGUCAAGGCCACCAUGAUACGUCUCAGUUUUUCAUGCCCGGCCCAUUUGAUGAUGUUGAGUCGCAGCUACUCGGCCAGAUGCCGCCUUUCAUGCUUGACCAAGCUCAGCAUGGCCUAGAGAUGCCCAUGCCCAUGUAUGCAUCGAACGAGGGUGGCCACCAAGGCCACCCUCUUCCUCCAACGCCGCCCCGGCACCCGCAGGCCAGGCGAGCCAGCAGAAUAGGGCAGAGCAGCUUCGACGUCAGCAGCAGCAAAUCAUGGCCGCUCAACGGUUUCGAACGGAUUGGACCGCCUACGGCCGAGGGGCGGGUGGAUUCCAUGGAAUCUAAUCGUGGUCAGCUGGACGAAAAGGAAAAUGGAUCAACGAGAUGCCUCGGCAUGACCGCCGUGGUUUGGUCCGAGGGCGCCGAUGGCUUCUACAAUGCCGCCUGGGAAUAUCGGGAGUAG